UUUUACUUUUGUUUCUUACAAAGUCCUCUGGUAGAAGGACUUUGUGGAAAGCCAUCUCUGGGUUGCUUUCAUUUAUCCGAAGAAAUCAUAACUUCUUCACUGGUGUAUGAAGGUAUAUUUAGUGAUCUGUGGAGGACAGACUUUGGAAGCCUUCAGAAAGAAAAACUGAAUUUUCUUGGGCCGAGAUAUAAGACUCAGAGGAACCUCAGAAGCCAAGACAAGCAGGAGCAGGGGAGGAGCUGCUAUGGCUUUGGCAAUCCUGAUGAAUAUAAAGGAGGAGGUGACCUGCCCCAUCUGCCUGGAGCUCCUGACAAAACCUCAGAGCUUAGACUGUGGACACAGCUUCUGCCAGUCCUGCAUCACUGCAAACCAAACCAAAUCCACUGUGGGCCAAGAAGGGGAGUGCUUCUGUCCCGUGUGCAGAGUCAGUUACCGUCUUGGGAGCCUGCGGCCUAAUCAUUAUUUGGCCAACAUAGUGGAGAAGCUCAGAGAGGCCAACCUGAGUCCAGAGGAGAAGCAAGAGGUACACCAUUGUGCACGCCAUGGAGAGAAGCUCCUACUCUUCUGUAAGGAGGAUGGAAAGGCCAUUUGCUUGCUUUGUGAGCGGUCUCAGGAGCACCGUGGUCACCAAACAUUCCUCAUAGAGGAAGCUGAACAGGAAUACCAAGAGAAACUCCAGGCAACUCUGAAGGAUCUGAUGGAGAAGCAGCAGGAAGUUGAGAAGUGGAAGGCUGAUAUCCAUGAAGAGAAAACUUCCUGGAAGAAUCUCAUACAGUGUGACAGACAAAGUGCCCAGGCAGAGUUUAAAAUAUUGAGAGAAAUGCUGGAUUCUGAGGAGCAGAAGGUGCUGCAGAAGCUGGAGAAGGAGGAGAGAAACAUUUUGCUCGGCCUGGAAGAGUCUGAAAAUGAGCUGGCCCAGCAGAGCCAGUCAAUGAGAGGUCUCAUCUCAGAUCUAGAGUAUCGGCUAAAGGGAUCAAAGAUGGAGAUGCUGCAGGAUGUGAAUGACAGCAUAAAAAGGUGUGAGACUGUGACCCUGAAAAAGCCAAAUACAUUUCCCAAGGAACAAAGAAGAGUAUCCCCCUCUUCUCGUCUGAUGCUGAUACUGAAAGAGUAUAAAGAACUGACAGAUGUUCAACGCUACUGGGUUCACGUGACAAUGACUCCAAUCAACAAUGCAAAUAUUUUAAUUUCUAAUGAUCGAAGACAAGUGAGAUAUCAGUCAAGCUUUUGGAUUGCAAAAGUUUCACAUUCUGAGGACAAUUGUCCUUAUAAUGGCAUCUUGGGUGUCCCAGGUAUCACAUCAGGAAAACAUUAUUGGGAGGUAGAUGUGUCUAACAAACGUGCCUGGAUCUUAGGGGUAUGCCUUAAAACUUGCGUCAGUUUCUUUAGAAAGCCUAAUUUGGUACAAUGUGCAUCUUACCUACCUAAAAAUGGCUACUGGGUUAUAGGGUUACAGGAUCGCUCUGAAUCUAAAGAUUUUAAGGGGUCACUUUUCUGUGAUCCUUUGCUCUUGACCCCCUCCCUAACAGUUCCUCUUUGCCGUAUUGGGGUUUUUGUAGACUAUGAGGCUGGCACUGUCUCAUUUUUCAAUGCUACAAACCACGGGUUUCUCAUUUAUAAAUUCAGUGCCUCUAGCUUCUCCCAGGAAAUUUUCCCGUAUUUUAAUCCUAUGAGAUGUGAAUUUCCCAUGACUCUAUGCUCUCCAUUCUCCUGAACCUUCUUACAUCCUCAUUCCCUUUUGUGCAGAGUCUCUUGCUCUGGGUAUCUCUUGCUCAUUUGCACCAUUUUUUUCCUUGUUUUUUUUUUUUUUUUCUUUUAUUUUGGAGAGGUUUUUGCUAUAGGGUGCGUGCGCUCACCAG